AUGAGCCAGUCUGUACCAUACGAACCCAUACACACGCUGUCAGAGAAAUCCCGCCGUUUGCAGCGCAAUUUCUUCCUGUGGUCUGACCGCGUGGUUGGUGGCCUACAUUUAGAUGAAAACCACCAACUCUCUGCAGCCACGCUGCGCCGCUGGAUCCUACUCGUAUUUAACGAGCACGCCUCGGAUUUCGAGAAUGCAGACGUCUUCGAAAUUCGUCCUGUGAAUAUCUGCUUCUCUCAAGCGAUGCUUUUUAACUAUGCCGUCUGCCCUGCGGGCGAUACCAUUGACCUAACAUCGACCGAAGCCUUGGCCCCAGGUGAUAUAGGAAUAUGCCGCCCUGGUACCAAAGGCCCUGUUGUGGAUGAAUUGCCUCUGCUCACAGAAGGAAAGUCAUUCGCCUUCCUGAAGAAAAGCUUGUCAGAUGUUGGAGGCCUUGAGUGGGGUGAAAUGUCUGUGUCCUUUCAGGAAGAAGUGAAAGUGAGAGACAGCGAACGCUGCAUUUUCACAGGUACAUCAUCCAAUCAAGCUUCUCUGGUCAUCAGGUGGAUCUAUCCGCCAUUUCUUGCAUCUUUCAAUAUGGAGGAAGAUAUGAGGCAAUACCUUUCAGUUUCAAAUGCGCUGACCAUGAGGGAAGAUCUAGCCAAGGGUUUCGAGGAGAAUGAAUUUGGUGUUGAUGUUGAUGAUAAUUACCGUAUCGUGUCGUUUGUUCCCUCGGCAUCCUCUUACCUGUUGCCUCGCACCCAUCUUGAUCUCUCCCACUUGAGUCAGAAUGCGCGCCCGAGUGAUGAGUACCUCAGAGGCCACUUUAUCCGGUGUCUUGUAGUCAACUUCCUCGGUGGCGAUAUCUCCGAGAUAUAUGAGGACGUCGAUCCGGACGAAUUCUGGGAAGAGCGUGGUGUGUUCGACGAGGACUAUGACUUCGAUGAACAGGAGUGGCACACGGAGCUAGGACGGGAGGCGAAGGCACUUCUCUUUAGAAGGUGGCCAGGAAGAUACCAAGACUAG